UCUCACUCUGUGUAUUGGUAGCAUCAGCAGCGCCGGGAAAGUUUAGAAGCUUCAUCGCAUCAGGGGAAAACGCCAUCGCUGACACAGGCUCUGACCCUGGCCAUAUAGGCUCCUUUGCAGGAGGACGGGGGCUCCAAACCUUCCUCCUGCUGGAUUAGUGCGAGCGAGAGAGAGAGAGAGAGAGAGAGAGAGAGAGCUAGAGAGAGAACGAGAACGAGAACGUGAGAGACACAUAGAGGAUUCAGCAUGGGGUCCAGCUCCUCUUCCUACGCCCCAAAAACCAUCUAUUUGGACGUGGAUGGAAAGGUUCAGAAGGUGGUUUUCAGUCGGCAUUGUAGCCCGUGUGACAUCAAGGAGCUCCUUUGUUCCUCGUCCAACAUCCCCAGGAAUACUGCCAUCAUGAUGGUGGAUCCUGAAGGGGCCCUGGUGUCCAUAGACCCGACCAUGCCUACCAACUCUCCCAACUCCUUGUACAAAGUCAUUUCUUUGUCCACCGGUCAGCUCGGAGAGAAAGAAGACAUGUUUCAAAAUGUGUUAUCUCAGGUGGCAGAGCAGUUCAGCAGGGCUUUCCGAAUCAACGAGCUGAAAACUGAGGUGACCAACAGACUGGCCAUGUUGGAGAAAAGAGUUGAGUUGGAGGGACUGAAGGUUGUGGAGAUUGAGAAGUGCAAAAAUGACCUAAAGAAACUACGAGAUGAGAUGACAUCCAGAGGCGGAGGGAGAGUCGGGAACUGUCCCUGCAAGUACAACUUCUCAGACGAUGGGAAGAAACUUAAUCCCAGACGUGACGUCCCAAGUUAUCCAAAGUAUACCUUAUCCCAGGAGACUAUUGAAGCACUGAAGAAGCCAACAUUCGAUGUCUGGCAUUGGGAACACAACGAGAUGCUGAGCUGCUUGGAGUACAUGUACCAUGACUUGGGACUGGUGAAGGAAUUCAACAUGAACCCCAUCACUCUCAAACGCUGGCUGCUGGGCAUUCAGGAGAACUAUCGCAGCAACCCGUUCCACAACUUCCGCCACUGCUUCUGUGUCAGUCAGAUGAUGUAUGGCAUGAUUAACCUGUGUAACCUGCCGGAGAAGAUGACUCUGACGGACAUGGGCAUUCUCAUGACAGCUGCAGUGUGCCACGACCUGGACCACCCCGGCUACAACAACACGUAUCAGAUCAAUGCUCGCACAGAGCUGGCUGUGCGUUACAACGAUAUAUCUCCCCUGGAGAACCAUCACUGCGCCGUGGCCUUCCAGAUCCUCUCGCUGCCCGAGUGCAACAUAUUUGCCAACGUCGAGUUGGAGGCCUACAAGCAGAUCAGACAGGCCAUCAUUACCCUGAUCUUGGCCACAGACAUGGCCCGGCAUGGAGAGAUAUUAGACUCCUUCAAACAUAAAGUGGACAGCUUUGACUUCACCAACGAGGAGCAUGUCACAUGCCUGAAGAUGGUUCUGAUCAAAUGCUGCGACAUCUCCAACGAGGUCCGGCCAACAGAGGUGGCCGAACCCUGGGUGGACUGUCUGCUGGAGGAGUACUUCAUGCAGAGUGACAGGGAGAAGACUGAAGGGCUGCCGGUGGCUCCGUUUAUGGACAGAGACAAAGUGACCAAGCCCACUGCCCAGAUCGGAUUCAUCAAGUUUGUCCUCAUCCCAAUGUUUGAGACAGUCCUGAAGCUCUUCCCCCAGAUUGAGGAGAUCAUGGUGCAGCCUCUGAGAGACUCGAGAGACCACUAUGAGGAGCUGAAGCAGAUCGAUGACGCCAUGACAGAGGGCUCUGGCUCUCGUUUUAUGAUCCAAAAAUUCAAAAAGGUUGUGGGUCGUCCUGAUCUGCGUCUUUGAAGACAAGAUGGAGGGUGAAAAGAGUUCUCUUCUACACACUGAGCCAGCCUCAGACUACAUGAAACACCCUGGGUGAUCUCCACUGUUUUGUUAUGGACAUUACAGAAGGACAAUGUCUCUGUUUCAAUGUCCACACUAGCAUACUACUUAGGAUGAAGUCAUGUAUCAGGGACAUUGGAAUAUAGCCAAUGUGUGUUCUUGGUGUAGUCUGUAUUUUUUUUCUCAUUUUUACUGUAAUUUCUGAAAGCUAAUUGGUCAUUGUAGGUAUCAAUUACUGUGUUCACACAGGCAGCCUAUUUCUGAUCUUUUUGCCCAAUAAUUGGCAAAAGAUCUGAUCGGAUUGAUCAAAAGACCAAACAUUUGGAAAAUUGGUCUGUCUGUGUAUACGCAGCCUAUCAUAAUUUCUGAGUGACAAUUGGUCAUUGUAGGUAUCAACAUGCCAUAUUUUCUGCUUUCUGUUUUUAGUCACACUUGUUGAUGUUGCCUAUAUUACAAAUAGCAACUAAGUUGUAUGCUAGAACACUCUCUUUUCCUUUUCAGUUCUCCUAUUCAAAUGCAAAACUGUUUCUGAAACCGUUUGAAUAAAUUGACUCUUGAUUUAAA